GACUGGGCAAGUGAGCGGCGAGCUGUGAGCUGUGCAUGCGGCAGCAUUGGCUUUCAUUUACGCGCAGAUCUUUGAACGGUUCACUGCGUCACGUGUCGCGCGUCUUGAGCAAUUUUAAAGCGAGAAAACGAAACCGAAGUUGAUAAUGCAAAACGAGCAUACGGCGCUGUUGCCACCGCCGCCGGUAGAGAGCAGCAGCAAGCUGAUCAGUAAACCGUUGCCGAAACCCUUCUCUAUAGAAAGUCUGAUUGCGAAUCAAUCAACCGCCGCUGUUUCUGCUGACAAUGCUGAUCAAGAACAGGAACAGGAGAGAAAACACGAGCGAGAACGGGAAAGGCAACUGGAACGCGAUAGCAACCGAGCGCAGGAAAUGGAAAAGGAUAACAGUCGAGAGCUUAAUGCACGUGCUAUGCUGGGCCUGACACAGUUCCCACUUUACAAUCCCUGGCUGCAUGGCUACUUUGCCCAGAAUCAUGAACGGCUCUCACAUAUAAUUGCCGGCGGCGGUGGCGGUGGUACUGGCGGCGGUUACCCAGGUGCGCCGUUUGCCGGCAAGGAGCCACAGCCACAACCACAGUCACAUGCCUUGGACAGCCUCAGCCUCAGUCCGACAAAGCCCAAUGAGCUACCUCUGCCUCAUCCGCUGGACACUCGGUUCCUGCCCUUCAACGCCGCUGCAGCCGCCGCUGCUGCAGCAGCUGCUGCUGCCGCUCCUUCGGAUCUAAACUAUCGCCGCCUCGCGGAACUCAUGAAUCAGGACUAUGUGCACAGUCUGAGCGUACAUGCCAGACUCCAGCACAUGGCUGAGAGUCAACAUCAGCAUCAGCAUCAUCAUCAGUCCAUGGGUCUGGUCCCGAACCAACAGGAGCCAUCGCCACCCCAGCCAUCAUCGCCAUCGAAAUCAACUAGUCCUGCGGAGCCGGCUGUCGAUGUAGGCAUGGACGAGGAUUUCGAAUGCAGUGGUGAUUCCUGCAGCGAUAUCAGUCUCACCAUGUCGCCCCAAAACUACGGUACGGAGCUCGAAAAGAGUCGCAAUGGAGCCUAUACAAACUCGGACAGUGAGGAUUGCAGCGAUGACGAGGGCAGUCAUUCGCGCCAUGAAGCCGGCGGCAAGGAGUCACAGAGCGGGGGCAGCAAUAGCUCUUCCAAAUCUCGCCGGCGACGCACAGCCUUCACGUCGGAGCAGUUGCUCGAACUGGAACGCGAAUUCCACGCUAAAAAGUAUCUUAGCCUAACGGAGCGCAGUCAAAUAGCCACAAGUCUGAAAUUGAGUGAAGUUCAGGUUAAAAUCUGGUUUCAAAAUCGUCGCGCUAAAUGGAAACGCGUUAAGGCCGGACUCACGUCUCAUGGCUUGGGUCGAAAUGGCGGUUCGAGCGGCACCAAAAUUGUGGUGCCCAUACCAGUGCAUGUGAAUCGCUUUGCGGUGCGCUCGCAGCACCAGCAGCUGGAGAAAAUGUGCCUAAGCGGGCCCAAACCGGAUCUGCGCAAGAAACUGCCAACGGAAGCGAUCAGCGGCUUUGAAAAGUUCAAUGCCAGCGCUGUUGGCUCUGCCUCGACUGUCGGUGUGGGCGUCGGAGUGGGCGUGACCAUGGGUGUGGGCAUGCCACCGAUUGGUCCUGCUGCUGCUUCGCUCGCCCUAGCGCGCAGUAUAUACUGAAGGAGCCAAAUAAUAAUAUAU